AUGGCGCUGGUGAUGGAGCCGGUGAGCAAGUGGAGCACCAGCCAGGUGGUGGACUGGAUGAAAGGUCUGGACGACUGCCUGCAGCAGUACGUGUGUGUGUUUGAGCGCGGGGGGGUGUGUGGGGAGCGGCUGCUGAGGAUCAGCCACGCCGAGCUGGAGGAACUGGGAGUUUCUCGGAUCGGACACCAGGAGCUCAUCCUGGAGGCCGUGGACUUGCUCUGCGCUCUGAACUCCGGUCUGGAGACGGAGAGCGUCAGGACUCUGGCUCACAAACUCGGUGCCUCGGCCAAAAACCUGCAGAACUUCAUCUCCGGUCGCCGCAGAAGCAGCCAAUCAGAGAGCAGGUCCUCGCGGCGGCUGCCCAACGAUCUGCUGACCUCUGUGGUCGACCUCAUCACCGCCGCCAAGAGCCUGCUCGCCUGGCUGGACAGGUCUCCGUUUGCUGCAGUGGCAGACUACUCAGUAACCCGAAAUAAUGUCAUUCAGCUCUGCCUGGAGCUCACCACCAUUGUACAGCAGGACUGUACCGUGUUUGAGACGGAGAACAAAAUCCUUCAUGUGUGUAAGACCCUGUCCGAGGUGUGUGAGCACAUCGUGUGUGUGUCCUCAGAUCCUCUGGUUUCCCAGUCGGCUCAUCUGGAGCUGGUUCACCUCACCAACAUCAAAUCCUCUGACGGACUGGGAAUGUACAUCAAGUCGACCUACGACGGCCUGCACGUGAUCACAGGAACCACUGAAGGGUCUCCAGCCGACCGCUGUAAGAAGAUCCAUGCAGGAGAUGAAGUCAUUCAAGUCAAUCACCAGACUGUGGUGGGCUGGCAGCUGCGUAACCUGGUGGGCUCGCUGAGGUCCGAUAAAGGCGUGGUGUCCCUGACCCUGAAGAAGCGUCCGCAGAGCACGCUGAGCUCCGCCCCCGCGCUGCUGAAGAACAUGCGCUGGAAACCCCUGGCUCUUCAGCCAACCAGAAGUCCAGGCAGCGGCUCCGGCACACCCUCAGGCACGCCCACCAAGACCUCGGCCCUCCACGACCUCUACAUCCCCCCCCCGCCCGCUGAGCCGUACACACCCAGAGACGAGACGGGAGCCUUAUCUGGAGACGAAGCCUCUCGUAACCAUGGCGUCGUCAGCCUCGCUAAACGCUCCGAGUCACCGAACUCCUUCCUGGACCAAGAGUCUCACCGGCAAGAGGAGGAGGAGCCUGUGUACUGCACCACGCCCACAUAUGGCAGACUGAGGCCCAUCUCCAUGCCUGUGGAGUGUAACUGGGUGGGCGACUAUGAAGACCCAGCCAAGCUCAACAGAGAAAGUCGCCGAGAGGCGACACUCAUGCGCUACGUGGGGCUUCCCGCUGCCGACGAGCGGACCGCCUCCGACGACUACUCCUCCCACACGGCUCGUCCGGGCAAACGGACCAAUGACACGACCAAACGAGCCAAGAGGCGGAGCCACCACAGCCAAAGCCCCUCCCACUAUGUCCUGCAGACAAAUCAGAGGGAUUCUCCGCCCAAAGACCCCGCCUCCAUCUAUCAUACAUACCAGCAGUCUACCUCUCUGCAGUCAAAGACCAGGAAGAAGAAUAAAGGACGAGGUUUGACCUCCCUGAGUCGGAGGCGUGUUUCCUGCAAGGCGCUGGGCAGAGGAGACUGCGAGGGCUGGCUGUGGAGGAAGAGAGACGCCAAGGGUUAUUUCUCCCAGAAGUGGAAGAAGUACUGGUUUGUUCUGAAGGACAACUGCCUGUACUGGUACAUCAACGAGGAGGAUGAGAAGGCCGAGGGUUUUGUGAGUCUUCCAGAGUUCAAGAUCGACCGAGCCAGUGAAUGUCGCAAGAAGUAUGCUUUCAAAGCGUGUCACCCCAAGGUCAAGAGUUUCUACUUUGCAGCAGAUGGAGUGGACGACAUGAACAGAUGGCUGAGUCGUCUCAACAUGGCCGCUCUGGGCUACGCUGAGCGUGAGAGGAUGCGUCAGGAGACGGAUUACUGGAGUGAGAGCGAGCAUGAGGAGGACACCACCUCCAGCCCCAAGCAGGACAGCCCCCCACCUCCGUAUGAUACCUACCCACGGCCUCCAUCAAUGACUGCCUACUUGGAAGGCAGAACCACUCGACUCUCUUCCACGGAGACGUCUCGCUCUCGCUCCUCCCAGGAGGACUUCCUGUGUGUCGACCCACCUGCCGUGGCCGCCGAGCCGCAGUACCACCCUGGUCCCCUAGGGGGAGGCACCACGCACAGCGGGAGAAAGCCAGGGGGCAGCAGCAGCAGCGACGUGCAGUACCGAUGUGAUCCUGUAGAGUACCGGUCCAGUCCUGCAGGGGGCAGCAGCGAGACGGGCUCCCCGGGUCGCUCGUCAUCUUCUCAGAGACGUUCCUGGCAAGACCUGAUCGAGACGCCGCUGACCGAGGCCGGACUGCACUACUUACAAACCGGACCGCUAGAGGACGCAGUGUUUGCCGAGCCCGGUCCAGGAGGUGGGAUCAUGACGGUCGGAGCCGUUUACACUCUCCCCGCACAGAGGAAUGUCCCGUUGCCCAUGGCGAUGCAGAGGCUGAUCCCUAUGGCAACCCAGGGAGGGAAACCCCGCAGCUUCACGCUGCCAAGAGACAGCAACCUACACACACUCCUCUCGCCUCCUGCGAAAGAAGUGCAGCAAACGUACAAUGGUGGAAGUGAAGGUGCGUCCCUGGGCGACCUGUUUCGAGCCUGCGAGCAGAGCGGCGUUUGCCCUCUAGGUCGCGGGUCAGAGGCCAAAGGUCAGUCGGAGUUCAGGCAGUCGUUCCUCAGACGGGCGGCCGACCCUCAGCUCAACGACCGCCUGCACCGCCUGCGGAUCCUGACGUCCACGCUGAAGGACAGGGAGGGGGAGCUAGCGUUGAUUGACAGGCUGUUGGCCAAUCCCCAGCUGUCGUCGGCUGAGUUCCAGGAGUGGAAGAGAGCCUAUCAGGAGCUGUUCUCUCAAGAGCCAGACCCCGCCGCCGAAUCAGACCCCGGCCCCCCUCCGCUGACCCCCUCGCUGUCUCACACACACUCCUACAUCGAGACCCAUGUCUGA